AUAAGGGAAAGCCGUCCUGCCGGCCCAUAUUUUCUUUUGGCAACUCUAUUUUCACCCCAAGUUUCCCACACACCUUCUCCCAGGCAGGCUCCAGGCGGUCUCACAUCCGACCCUCCACAGCCUCAAGGAGGCUGCUUAUGUGGACGCCGGAAUCUCACCCGCCCAGACUUGGGACGUACCGGUUCAGACCCUUACAAAGGCAGGGCCCCGCUGCUCCCGACUGACGGCUCGAGUCCGGAUGCCCCAUCACCGAGUUUCACAACACUGUUCCGAGUCGAAGAUCACCAAACAUGGCUGUCAUAACCCCCGGGGAGGCUGACGCCAUCACGUCGAUCGAGCGAGUCUGCUCCGUCUUCUCGCUGUUUGGCUGCCUGUUCGUCCUGGUGACGUUUGCGUUUUCCAGUGCCUUCCGAAACAGGUCAAUCAACCGGCUCGUCUUCCUCGCCACGUUCGGAAACAUGUUGACCAAUGUGGCGACGCUCAUGACGAGAUCCUACAUCCUAAACGUCAACUCGUUUGGCUGCCAGCUCCAGUCGUUUCUGAUCCAAGUGUUCAUGCAAAGCGAUGCUUACUGGGCGCUUGCCAUGGCUAUUAACGUCUACUUGACAUUCUACCACAAGUACGACGCCAGGAUGCUCAGGAGAAUGGAGAUUCCCUACUUCAUCUUGUGCUACGGAAUCCCCUUCAUCCCGGGCUUCACCUUCAUCUUCGUCCACACCGAGUCGGCUGGCAGGCCGUAUGGAAAUGCCGUGCUGUGGUGCUGGCUCAAGUCGGAAUGGGAGAUCUUCCGCAUUGCCACCUUUUAUGGCCCCGUCUGGGUGGCCAUCAUCAUCGCCACGUCCAUUUACAUUCGCGCUGGCCAGGAUAUCUACAGGAAGCGCAGGAAGAUGCUCAACUUCAGCGGAUCCAACAACGGGACCAUCACCAAUGCGGAGACAUAUAACCCUAUCAACGGCUUUACGUCUGCGUUCAAGACUACCGAGGUCGUCCAGACCACUGAGAUUAUCACUGUUCCACGCCCGGUUGCCGACCCGACAAACCAGACGACCACGGCUGCCGCCCCUGUCAAAGACGCCAACGUCUCCUACUCGGUGACCAUCUCGGCUACGCAAAACGACAGCCGGGACUCGCUGGAUGCCGGGUCCGAGACGCCCACCACGACCAUCCAGGAACACCGCCUCAGCCGCCCCAGCGGGCCCACCACGACCGUCAUCCAGACGUCUGUUGCGCCACAUCUGCACAACAUGCACGCCAGGCGGCGCCACUACGAGCUGAACAAUGCGGCCUACGCAUACACCAAGUGCGCCAUCCUGUUCUUCAGUGUGCUUCUCAUCACGUGGAUACCCUCGUCGGGCAACCGCGUGUACAGCCUGAUCCACAACGGCGACGUGUCAAAGCCCCUGUUCUUCGCCAGCGCAUUUGUGCUGCCGCUUCAGGGCUUCUGGAACGCCAUCAUCUACGUCGUCACCUCAUGGUCGGCAUGCAAGCAGCUCGGCGACACCAUCAUUGGCGCCUUUGGGGGCAGCCGCGGCACCAUCAGCGAGAUCACCACCUCCAUCAGCCGCCACCGUGACACGCGGCCCACUGGCGGCAAGUGGGGCAAGACCCAGGAGAGCACCAGCAUGGAGGAUCUGACAUCGAGUCGCUCGCAGCUCGAACAUGUCUCCCCCGUGUAGAAGCAACAGGUCGGCUUGUACUC